UGACGCAGCAUUGGGUUCAUAACCUCAAAUAAAAAGAAAGUGUUAUAAGUACAAAAGCCAAAUUACUUUCUUCAAUAAAUACCAUUAUUAAAUAAAUAGUAAUACUGGCAGUUUGUGUGUAAUAACAAACUAGUGAAAGAUAUCAAUUUAAUUUUGUGAUUUGUGAAUUAGUCUGUUGAAUUAACUGUAUAAAUGGAUCGUCUUUUGAGACUUGGAGGAGGAAUGCCUGGUAUUUCUCAGGCUCCACCAUCACAAGAUGCUCCAGUUGUAGAUACUGCUGAACAAGUCUACAUAUCUUCCCUAGCUCUUUUAAAAAUGCUUAAACACGGACGUGCUGGAGUUCCUAUGGAAGUUAUGGGUCUUAUGUUAGGGGAAUUUGUGGACGAUUACACAGUUUGUGUAAUUGAUGUUUUUGCAAUGCCCCAAACUGGAACAGGAGUCAGUGUAGAAGCUGUUGAUCCAGUAUUUCAAGCAAAAAUGUUGGAUAUGUUAAGACAAACUGGUCGACCUGAAAUGGUGGUUGGCUGGUACCAUUCCCAUCCUGGUUUUGGUUGUUGGUUGUCAGGUGUGGAUAUUAAUACUCAGCAGUCAUUUGAAGCACUUUCUGAAAGAGCUGUUGCUGUGGUUGUUGAUCCAAUCCAGUCUGUAAAAGGAAAAGUAGUGAUUGAUGCAUUUAGAUUAAUCAAUCCAAACAUGAUGGUAUUAGGUCAAGAGCCAAGGCAAACAACAUCAAAUUUAGGCCAUUUGCAAAAGCCAUCUGUUCAAGCACUAAUUCAUGGUUUAAAUCGACACUAUUAUUCAAUCAGCAUCAAUUAUCGUAAGAAUGAAUUGGAACAGAAAAUGCUUUUGAACUUGCACAAGAAAACUUGGAUGGAUGGUUUGACUUUAGCCAAUUACACUGAAAACUGUAGUACAAAUGAGAAGGUAGUUGCCAGUAUGCUGGAGCUAGCCAAAAAUUAUAAUAAAGCCCUUGAAGAGGAAGAAAAAAUGACCCCUGAACAGUUGGCUAUUAAGAACGUUGGUAAGCAAGACCCUAAAAGGCAUCUUGAGGAAAAGGUUGAUGUUUUAAUGACAAAUAACAUUGUACAAUGUUUAGGGGCAAUGCUUGAUACAGUUGUGUUUAAAUAAUAUAUACUUUUCUCAUUUGCACUAUUACAUUUAUAUUCAUUUUUAAGUUAAUUUAAUAAACAUCCUUUUUUCUUUA